UGUACUGUUGUGGGUUUAGUAACACUUUAAUCACCUCCCGCCCACCGUAUAGUAAUAUGACGGAUGCAAGGUGGUUCUCUCGUUCUGGGAGGACGUCAUAUGACGUCCUCCCAUUCUAACUGCGCAUGCGCGCGGCUCCCGAAGCGCGGCGAUCGGCGGUGCGCUGUGUCCCUCGAACACAGCGGAUCACCGAUCCACUGAAAGAACCGAAGAUGUCGACUCGGUCAUGUGAUCAGCUGUGUCCAAUCACAGCUGAUCACAUGUAAACAGGGAAAUGCCGGUUAUCAGCAUUUCUCUCCU